AUGACGAUAGGAAGCUGCAGCCAGACCCGCACUGGAACCCUGUUUUGUAACCAAUAUGACAAUGAGGUCACUGUUUGGAGCACUCAGGGCAGGAUUCAUCCAAUUGAGUAUGCAGUGGAAGCUGUCAAACAAGAUUCAGCCACAGUUGGUCUGAAAUCAAAACCCCAUGCCGUGUUGGUUGCAUUGAAGAGAGCACAGUCAGAGCUUGUAACUCAUCAGAAAAAAAUUCUCCAUGUGGACAAGCAUAUCAGUAUGUCAGUUACAGGAUUAACUGCCGAUGCUAGACUGUUCCGUAAUGUUAUGCUCCAGGAGCGUUUGGAUUUCAGAUUUGUAUUUGACAGACAUCUUCCUGGGUCUCAUCUUGUAUCUCUAAUUGGAAGCAAGACCCAGAUACCGACACAACAAUAUGGCCAGAGACCAUAUGGUGUUGGACUGCUUAUUGCUGGUUAUGAAGAUAUGGGUCCUCAUAUUUUCCAUACCUGUCCAUCUGCUAACUAUUUUGACUGUAGAGUCCUGUCCAUUGGAGCCGGUUCUCUCUCAGCUCGUACUUACCUGGAGAGACACAUCUCUGGGUUUAUGGAAUGCAAUUUGAAUGAACUGGUUAAACGUGUUCUGCAUGUCUUACAAGGGACACUUCCUGCAAAACAGGACCUAACUACAAAGAAUGUUUCCAUUGGAAUUGUUGGUAAAGACUUGGGAGUUUAUGAUGAUGAUGAUGUAUCUCCAUUCCUGGAAGGUCUUGAAGAAAGACCAGAGAGAAGGGCACAGCCUGCUCAACCUGCUGAUGAACCUGCAGAAAAGGCUGAUGAACCAAUGGAACAUUAAGUCGUAAACCAGUCUAUAUGUGUAUUAUCAAGCCUGUAAGAAUGCAGGAGCACUACUGGUGAUAAUAAUCUAUACUGUGAAC